AAAAUGGGAGAAAGUGAAACUUCCAGCCAAUGAGAAGUUAGCCCGGAACUCUCCUAACGCCUCACAUAUUACAGCAGCAAGCAUGGUGAAGUCCGGAACACCAGGUGGAAAGAUCAACAGACCCAAAACAGAGCUGGGCAAGAAGCUCUUUAAGCGGCGGAGGAAUCUGACCCGUGAGAAGAGGAAACGACACAUCAAGGUGGGAGCUGUGGUGGACGAAGGACUCACCACCAUCCACCAUCUCAGGAAGAGAAACUCCAGCCCCAGAGCCAACAUCACUCUGUCUGGGAAGAAGAAACGCAAGCUGCUCAAACAGCUGCAUCACAUGAAAGCAGAGAAGGCCGCUAUGGAAGUUGAGGCAGCCCCAAAGAAGACGAAGGCGGUGCCAGCCUCAAAGAAGGCGGUGCCAGCCCCAAACAAGACGAAGGCGGUGCCAGCCCCAAACAAGACGAAGGCGGUGCCAGCCCCAAACAAGACAGCAGCAGCCAGUGACAAGAAAGGGGAUGUGUCCCAGGGGGAUGUGGACAUGGCAGAUAUGGAAUGAGAAGAGGAGGAUGAGAGACUGUUCUGUUGGCCCCAUAUUCAGACCGGGGCCCCAUAUUCAGACCGGGGCCCCCGUAUUCAGACCGGGGCCCCCGUAUUCAGACCGGGGCCCCCGUAUUCAGAAAGCCACUCAGAUUAGGAGGCUGAUCCUGGAUCAGUUUUAGACGUAAUGAAUAUGGUUAUAUGGACGGUGGAGGCCUGAUCCUGAGCCAGGGGACUGUCUCUUGUGUUUGUGUAUCUGAAUGUCGUCAUUGUAAAUACUAAUUUGUUCUUAACUGACUUGCCUAGUUUAAAUCAAAUAAAAAAAAGACAGAAUGUA